ACAAAUUAACAAAAAAAAAAAGAGAGAAGAAGAUUCUUGGAAGUUCGCCAGUUUAAGUUUCUCGUAAUGCAUCAGAAAUCGACAUUUCACCAGUCACGGUUCUAAAGUUUUUAAAGUAAAAGUACAUAUAUUAUCAAUAUCUAGAAACCAAUAUAAAAAAUCCUUGGACACAUAUUCGAAAAAAUAAUUUUAAAACAUUAAUAUUUUUUUUUUUUAACAUUAAUAAUUACGUUACGUACAUAUAAAGAGCUUUGGUGGAAUGGUAGCUCACCGAUAUCUAAUUGGAUGAUAACUCGUUUUUCAUUUAGUUCAGUGCAUAAUGUAAACUAUGCACGUAAGAAACUAAAUUAAAACAAAACGUAAUGAGUUUCGGGAUAUUUCUGCUGUUGAUUAUAUAUAAAGACAAAGUAAAGCUUGGCCUAACCAAACUCAUAAGUGGUUUUGUUUUAUUAAAAAGUAAAAAGUCUUAGAAACUAGUGGAUUGAUGUCACGUUUCUUCCUAUAUAUAAUAUAACAUGUAAAAAUAUAAUCUAGACUUAGAUAAAUACGACUUUACUGUUUUCGUUAAUUUGAAAGUUUCGUUUGACCAAGAAAUGUAGUUACAUAUUUGUUGGAAAAGGUGAACCCAUAAGUCAAAUCGGACCAAGAGAUGUAGUUACAUGUUUUUUGCUUACCAAAAACAUAUUUUGUGAAAUACAAAAUUCUUUUAUCCGAAUGUAACUAAUUUUAGAAAGACGUCUCUUAUAUAUUUUGUUUUGGGCAAAUGAAAGACGUCUCUUAUAUAAAUAUAUGUAUAUGCCUCUCUAUUCUUUGAUUAACUUCAGUCAAAAUAAUUAAUUUACUAAACCCUCCCAAAAUGUCACAUUCCUUCUUCCAUUUCUUCCUAAUCUCUCUUUUCCUCUACAAAAAUUGCAUCGCGCAUCGCUACACAUUCACGGUUAGGGAAGUUCCAUAUACGAAACUGUGUAGCACGAAGACGAUUUUAACCGUUAAUAGUCAGUUUCCUGGACCUGUUAUAAAGGUUCACAAAGGAGACACUAUUUAUGUUAACGUUCGUAACCGAGCUAGUGAAAACAUCACAAUGCAUUGGCAUGGUGUAGAGCAGCCAAGAAACCCGUGGUCAGAUGGUCCUGAAUACAUCACACAAUGCCCGAUUCGACCCGGGUCAGAUUUUAUGUACAAAGUCAUAUUUUCUAUCGAAGACACGACUGUUUGGUGGCACGCGCAUAGCUCUUGGACACGUGCAACUGUACACGGUCUUAUUUUCGUAUAUCCUCGCCCCCCGGAAUCCCUCCCGUUCCCAAAGGCGGACCAUGAAGUCCCUUUAGUUUUGGGGGAGUGGUGGAAAAGGGAUGUGAGAGAGGUGGUGGAGGAGUUUAUAAGGACAGGAGGGGCUCCUAAUGUGUCCGAUGCUUUGACAAUCAAUGGACAUCCUGGUUUCUUGUAUCCUUGCUCUAAAUCAGAUACCUUUCAUCUCAAGGUAGAGAAGGGCAAAACCUACCGCAUUCGGAUGGUAAAUGCCGCGAUGAACCUAAUUCUAUUUUUCGCAAUCGCGAACCACAGCCUCACCGUGGUUGCGGCAGAUGGACACUACAUCAAACCUUUAAAGGCUACUUAUAUAACCAUAUCCCCUGGCGAAACGCUAGACAUGUUAUUACAAGCUGACCAAAACCCAAAACGCAUUUAUUACAUGGCGGCCAGAGCUUACCAAACCGGAAAUAUCGCUUUCGACAACUCCACUACCAUAGGAAUCUUAAGUUACUUCUCUUCACACAAAGCGAAAACACCAUCGUUUUCAGGAUAUUACCCAACCCUUCCUUUUUACAAUGACACCUCAGCAGCUUUCGGGUUCUUUACCAAGAUCAAAAGCCUAUACUCCGGUCAAGUUCCUGUUCAAAUCUCGCGUAGGAUAAUCACAACGAUUUCAAUAAAUCUCCGCAUGUGUCCUCAAAACUCUUGCGAAGGUCCAAACGGGUCGAGAUUAGCAGCGAGUAUGAACAACAUAUCGUUUGUCACACCAAGUCACAUGGACAUACUAAAAGCUUAUUACUAUCACAUUAAAGGCGUUUAUGGAACGCGGUUUCCAGAGUUUCCACCGUUGUUUUUCAAUUUCACGGCAGAAAAUCAACCAUUGUUUUUGGAAACUCCGAGACUCGCGACUGAGGUAAAGGUGAUUGAGUUCGGGCAAGUGGUUGAGCUUGUUAUUCAAGGGACGAGUUUGGUUAAUGCACUCGAUCAUCCUAUGCAUCUCCACGGUUUUAGCUUCUUUGUGGUUGGAGUAGGGUUUGGGAACUUUAACAUAAGUGAAGGAGAACCAUCUUCAUUGUAUAAUCUCGUGGAUCCACCGUACAAAAAUACAAUGACCGUGCCCAUUAAUGGUUGGAUCGCUAUCAGAUUUCAAGCUAAUAAUCCCGGGGUUUGGUUCAUGCACUGUCACUUGGAUAGACAUCAAACGUGGGGUAUGAAUGUUGUGUUCAUUGUUAAGAAUGGGAGAGAGCCAAAUCAGCAGAUUCUGCCUCCACCAGAUGAUUUGCCGCCUUGUUAUGAAUAAUUGAAUGUUACCAGUGCUUUCAUCUACUAAAAUUGGUGAUUCAAUUGUCACCAAUUUGAGUAUAUUUAAAUUAUUAUCAUAUUGUAUUGUAUUGAUGUAUUUAACGCGAUUUACUAAAAUACAUAUUAGUUUUCUAAUAAUAUUAUUUAUGGUGGUAAUA